AUGCAAAACCUCAAGCGUCGGAAACUAGAAGAACCGGCGGCGAACUGGUCGAAUCUUUGUCGGGAUGUGAUCCAGAUGGUGUUAGAGAGGCUGAGCGCAACCGAUUUCGAUCGAGCGAAGGUGGUUUGCUCGGCAUGGCGAUCUGCUUCGAGAGAAAGCGUGCGGAAACAAAACAGAGCCCCGUGGCUGAUUCUCUUCCCUUACGAGAGAUCUUAUGGGUAUUCUUGUGGCAUGUCGAAUCCUACAGAGAAAGGUUUGUUUUUUAGAAGUCGAAGUCUAGGCGUGGAGUUUACGCAGAGUCGGUGUAUUGCCACUUGCGGAAGCUGGCUCCUCAUGUAUGUUCGCCAUCGACCAAAGCUCUACAUUCUCAAUCCCUUAACCCGCGAGAGAAUCGUCCUCCCUCCCAUGGAAUCCCGGAAAUACGACCCUGAAGAAGAAGAAGAUUCUCGUCUUUGGAGGCUCGAGAAUACACCAUCCAAAAGAGACCUUGCUCUCACGUGCGAGAUCAGAGACCUAUCAUCGGAUACAAAGCAGUCUUGUGGGUUGACGAGAGAAGCAAAGAUUACGUGGAAAGGUGACGACUUUUGGAAGCUGUUUCCUUAUGCCACGACUUGGUGGAAAGACCUUGUAUACAAAGACCACAGGCUCUACGUCUUUACUCAACUUCUUUCCAUCGAGAUCUACGAUUUCUCUGGGGACUCUCUUGUUGAAGUAGCUCCUCGUCCAUGUGCCUACCUUCUUCCUCCUUACUUGUAUGAUUCCUCCACCACAAGGAUUGCUGUUACUCCAUGUGGAGGGCUUCUCUUGGUCAGAUGCUACAACAACAACAGCUUCUACGUUUACAGGAUGAACCAUGACACCAAAUUAUGGGAUGUUAUGGCUUCGUUGGGCGACCAGGCUUUGAUCUUCGACCUUGGAAUCACUCUGCCCGCCAAAGAUGUUCCAGGAAUCAAGCCAGACUCCAUCUAUUUUAGUGGUCCUGGUUGUGGAACUAAAUAUAUAUCUAUCUUCAAUCUAGCUACGCGCAAGGUCGAACCGUUUGUGCCUUCUUCAACUAGGAAGUUCUUUGAUGCUCGGUGGUUCAUCCCAAAUGUGUGA